GCUGUCAUGGCGCAGAGGAGGCCAGAUAGAUCAGCAGCGUCAAACUUUAAUUUCGGCUCUAUUUCUAAGAUGUUCGGGCGUUACACCCUGUAAAAUCAUCACCACCCGUUGACGACACAUAUCGAUGAAAACAGAGUUUUGAGAUCGACUAUUGGAAAAAGAGAGACCCUAAAAGAGGAGAAAUGGAAAAGCCAGUAUUGCAGACACAGCCUUCCACCUUGCCUUUUUUCGACACGGCCCACGCCUUCAACCUGCUUCGAGGAAUUCACGAACUGCGUGCCGAACGAAAGUUUUUCGAUGUGACUUUAUGUGCCGAGGGGCGUGAGUUCCACUGUCAUCGCACGGUGUUGGCCGCUGCCAGCACCUACUUCCGGGCUAUGUUUGCAGGGACACUCAGGGAGAGUGUUAUGGACCGGGUUGUUUUACACGAGGUGUCAGGUGAGCUCUUAGGUCUGCUGGUGGACUUCUGUUACACAGGACGGAUCACCGUCACUCAGGAUAACGUGGACCUGCUGCUGAAGACGGCCGAUCUGUUUCAGUUCCCCUCGGUCAAAGAGGCAUGUUGUGCUUUUCUGGAGCAGCGGUUGGAUGUUUCCAACUGUUUAGAAAUCCAGGACUUUGCAGAGGCCUAUGCUUGCAAAGAGCUGGCAGCCAGCGCGCGACGCUUUGUCCUCAAAAACAUAAUGGAGCUAGCUAAAGGGACAGACUUUGAACGCUUGCCAUGGAAACGCCUCCUUGAGUUUGUGUCAGAUGAUGAGCUUUGUGUGGACAAGGAGGAGACAGUUUAUCAAAUUGCAGUGCGUUGGGUGAAGGCUGAUCUCCAGCGACGACUACACUAUUGGCCCGAGCUCCUCCAGCAAGUCCGACUCCCCUUUGUCAGGAGGUUCUUCCUGUUGGCCCAUGUGGAGAGCGACCCACUUGUCUACCUUUCACCUACCUGUCUCCGUAUGGUGAAUGAAGCGCGUAGCUUCCAGUCCUGUGAAUACGACCGUCACGACAGACCUUGUCAUCGCAUGCGGCCUCGGCCAUCCACAGGAUUGGCAGAAAUCCUGGUGGUGGUAGGAGGCUGCGACCAGGACUGUGAUGAGCUGGUCACAGUGGACUGUUACAACCCUCAUACUGGACAGUGGCGCUACCUGGCUGAAUUCCCCGACCACCUGGGAGGAGGCUACAGCAUAGCAGCACUUGGAAAUGAUAUGUAUGUUACAGGUGGCUCUGAUGGCUCCCGCCUCUAUGACGGUGUGUGGCGCUACAAGUCCAGCGUGAACGAAUGGACAGAAGUGUCACCCAUGCUGAAGGCUCGUGAAUAUCACAGCUCCUGCAUCCUGAAGGGCCAGCUGUAUGUGGUGGCUUCGGACAGCACAGAGCGUUACGAUCAGGCUCUGGACUGCUGGGAGGCCCUGCCAGCCAUGCUGCAUCCGAUGGAUAACUGCUCCACCACCGCAUGCAGCGGACGCCUGUAUGCCAUCGGCUCUCUGACCGGUGAGGACACCAUGGUCAUCCAGAGCUACGAUGCAGACACCAACCGCUGGACCAUGGUCAACUGUGGACAGCUGCCUCCGUGGUCCUUCACACCGAAAACUGUUACCCUAAAUGGCCUCAUCUACUUUGUCAGGGAUGACUCAGCUGAAGUUGAUGUUUAUAAUCCUCAAAAGAACAAGUGGGACAAAAUUAGUCCGAUGACCCAGGUCCAUGUUGGAGGCAGUGUGGCGGCCCUGGGGGCUAAAUUGUACGUGUCUGGUGGUUACGACAAUACGUUUGAGCUGUCUGAUGUCGUAGAAGCCUACGACCCGGCCACCCGCACUUGGAGUCUUGCUGGACGAUUACCUCAGCCGACCUUCUGGCAUGGCAGCGUCAGCAUUUUCCGGCAGUUCAUGCCCCUGGUGUCGAGCGCAUUCGAACCCACUGACAUACCCGAGUCAAACGGCAUUCUCCUGCACCGGCAUCACCGACACCACGCGCUCCACAAUCUCAAUAACCUCAACCAGAAUCAGGAUCUGAACGCGGCACACUGAUCUCGAAACCUCGAAACCCCCAUUGACCAUGUUCUCCCUCAUCGUGCCCUCAGUGUACUGUGAAUUUACCUCAUCGCUUUGCUAAAGCUGUCAAAGUCAGAAAAGAAGACUGAGCUAGUCUUAGUCUGUUGACUGGACAGAAAGGCCUGGAGCCAGAUGGAUAGAUGCACACAGAUAUUUUAUUUAUCCCACAGGGGGAAAAGUCUAAGUUACAUCAGCAAUGCUAAGAAAAACAUUCAUAAGCUUCUGCAGAUUAGAGUGAAGUAAUGUUUACGCACUACAGAAAUGCAUACCUGUUAUUUUCUAUAGUCACCUGAUUGUUUUGUGCACAACUUCCAAGUCGUUUCACCACAUUCACCACCUUUUGAGAUUAUUUGCAUAUUAAUACUAGUGGCAACCCAGCUCUCGCUAAACCUCUUUGUCUCUAUCAGAAAACACUACACACAGCUGUGAAUUUAUAGCACUUACACAAUAAUGAAUUUACCUGUAAAACAUCUUGGCAGCAUUGGUCAAAUUUAAUCUCCUCCUUAUGAUUUUUGAUAUAUGCCUGGAAUCCACAUUCAUCUUUUACCAGUAUGUGUGAGAAAUUGUCUAUACAUGGAUAUAUAUAUUGUAUAAACAUUUGGCUCCUUGUAUCCCCAGUGGACUGCAUUAUCCACUACACGGAUUGCAUUCUCGGGGGGCUCUGUACAAAAGCUCUAGAGAGCUGCUGGUUUUGUGGCUUAAUAACCAGGCAUGCAGUUUAUUUUGGUUAUACAAGAGAAACCACUUUGAGUUAGUGCUGAAAUAAUGAAUUUAUUAUGUAGUUGAUCGAUGGAACUAUUUUUAUAAUAGGUUAAAUGUCAAUGGUUUCAGCUUUAGCUGUGCUUUUUUGUAUUUAUAUAUUUAUUCACAUUGUAAACAUUCAGCUUUAGACUGUUUGUUGGGUAAAAUAAAUAUUUAAAGAGGUUAUCAUUCUGGUGUGCCAGAUUGUGAUGGGGGUCCUAACUACCCUUACAGCUGGAGACCAGAAAGCUCCUGUUGAGUGGUUGGCAAGAGCCAUAUACAGGUGUGAAGAAGAACUGGAUUAUGGUGCAGGGUCACUUCUAAGUUGUAUCCGUUAAAGUUCCUGCUGGUCAGUAAUGCCUUACUGGCCUUGAGCUUGGACUCACCAUUGGCUUAUACAUUUUGAGAUUAUUACCAACUGAAAGUAAAAUUCAAAUUAGAAAGAUUAAAACGGGGGAAUUUUUGCAUUGAAGGUGGGCGUUUGUCAGCUGUGGCUGUGCAUAAAAGGAAACGAUGCAAAUUCUCAACUUUAUUGCAUCAGUAAACACUUAACUGACUAGUUAAUGGUCUCAGUCCCUUUUAUUUUUCUUUCAGUACAGCAUUUUCUAAAAUAUGGUUCUGUUUAUAGUAAAUUAGCUGGUAAAGCAGGGUGUCUUUGCUAAACUUGACGUUCCAGUGGUGGUGUAUGUAAACCAGUGAGUAAGAUCAUGCUAGCUGCGUUUAUAUGUGACCUGUUGUGUUGGCACUGUAUCCAGCAUCCAUGCAUGAACUGUAGUUAUAGUGGAGAUUAUUUUCAGUGGCCAAAACCACACUUAAGAAUUGAAACAGAUGUAGUGAGUUAUCAGACAGGUCCACACAGUGUGCAUCAACUUUAGCUUUUCUAUGGGAACUAUCUGCUGAUGUCAACUACACAGUGGAUGGGAGUUAUCUCCUACAGGGUGAGGUGUGUCUGCGUGUGGACAUUUCUGUGUUCAGUGUGUUACUUAUGAGUUUCUGUUGGUGUUUGUUUUGUUUUUCAUUUAUGAACAUAGAAAAGUGAAAGUUAAAAGCGAAAUCUGCUAAAUUAAAGUCAGAUCACAAAAUGUGAAUAAAACAGUUGAGAGGGUGCUGCGAGAAACACGAUUAAAUGGCAGUAAUAGUUAAGCUUGAAGAAAUGAAGAAGUUUUAAAAUGAAGUAAAUCUAAGGGUUACAAGUAAGUGAGCUUAAUAAAACUCUGAAGCUGCUGCUCAUCUCUUCCUAGAGGCCUGCAGCUCGAGGCUACAUUAGCUGCUACUGGCAGACAAUCUGCAUUAUGGGUGACGUAGGCUUGGGUGAGGAGAGGAAUAAAAACAACAUAUCUCUGGUUUUGCAGCAGUUUUGCUCUGAGUGGAUUAUUUCUUUAACAAGUAAAAGCCAAAUAUUUUAACAGAAACCACAAGAAUCUGUUUGCAUUCCAAAAUCAAAAAUUGAUAUCCAGAACUAAACAGGCAUACAGCCGUAUGGUUAAAACGUUAAUCCUUACCCGGAGAAAUCUGUGUGCUGAGAAAUCAUCAUAGUAGAAUUUCAAGUUGGCUGCAUGUGAUGUUAACUUGCACUGAGUUGAUUCUGUUUUUAGUGAUUCUUGGGCUGCACGGCACGUCCUCAUGACACUCUAGACUCUUAAACAGGGCUAUAUCAGCCUCUAUAACCAUGCAUGAAGUUUUUUUUAAAAAUGUAUUUCAUUUAAUGUUUAACGUUUUAAUGUUUUCACUGUUAUACUGUUUUCUUAUUUAUGGAUAUAUUUGUGCUGUGAUUGCUUCUGAAGUUCCUGCCUAUCAGCUGCAAAAAGAUCAGUGGCUCUUCGUAAACACUGGUGAUGAGUCGUCAGUUACAACUGGAAGUGCAAAAAAAAUCUCAGUUUGUUGUCGAGUAGGAUAUAUUUUUGCUUCGUUUGAAGUAGUAUAUUUGUGUGUUUCCAUGCUGUUGUCAUUGCACCAUUGUUUUCAGUGUUCAGUCUGUGAUGUUGAACAGGUUUGUAAAUACAGUAUAUUCUUAACCUUA